UUUCAUUCAGUGUAAUCUUGAAAGUGCUCUGCUUGUCUAAUGUCACAUCUACGAGAUAGUUUCAGCAAUUUAUGGUAUUAAUUUCCUCUUGAUGUAUUAUUCUGCUAAUAUAAUGGUGUUCGUGAGAGGUGAUCAAUUCAUUGUCUUCCUCAAGAGUUUGAGUGAAAUGAGGAAGGAACAGCUGAGAAAUUAUGAAACCGUGGUGCAUUACACGGACAAGUUAGCGAGUACAGUUUACUAUUCUACAGCUUUGGUCACGUGUGCUGGUGUGUUGGAGUCCUUCGUAAAACAAAGUUAUUGCAAUGAAAAGGAAUUCUUGAAUGAAAAGCAUUAUGUUUGUGGUUGUUUAUUACCAUUGUGGUUUCCUUUCGAAAUAAAUAUCCCCCAUUUUCAACCCCUGUGUGCUUUGUAUGUUUUUGGAUUCUACCUGGCACAAAUACCAGCUAUGGCUUCUUCUGUUUCUCUAUAUUUGGGCUCAGUGGAGUUCAUUCUGUUGAAAAUUGAGAAACUGAAGGAAGAAUUGAAGAAAGUUGAUUUCGAGAACAGCAACAAAGAAAAAGUUAACACACAAUUCAUGUUCUGUGUCAAAUAUUAUAUGGAAAUUUCAAGCUUAGUCCAGGAGAUGAAUGAUUGUGUUGGAUACAUAUUCGCUCCGACACAUAAUGCCAACAAUAACCUCAUGAUUGGUAUCUUAGGGUAUCUAGCUAUGAAGUUGACAAGUAUACCGAAUGUUCUUCAGUUAAUUAUAUGGAUAUUUGUUCAGUGGAUUUCAUGUUAUUCUGGACAAAAACUAGAGAACGCUAGCUCAUCUUUACGGAAUGAAGUUAACGAGUUACCUUGGUAUGAUAUGGAUACAUCUUUGGCACGUAUAUAUAAAAUUUUCCAUUCUUGUGUGGAUUCUACAUUUCACAUGAAAAUACAACCUAUAAUGUACAUGAAUAUGAAUAAUUUCUCUUCUAUUUUGAAAGGUGCAUAUUCCUUCUUUAUGUGCCUAUUGAAGAUGUGAGGACAAAACAUAGGAUAAUUGGACUUCAUGAAAACAAAUCACCGAUUAACCAAUAUUAGCAAUAGCAAAAAUAUCCAAACAUUCUUCAAGCAUUCUGAAGCACAUAUUCUGUUCAAUCUUCACACUCAAUCUCCAGUGAAAAUAAAGCAAUUGAUGAACUUCAA